AUGUUGUGUGAAGUCAUCGGAAAACCUUACGGCUCCGGCGCUCUGGACGCUGGAGAAAAGCGGAAAGGACCGCAAAGGGAAGAAAUCCUUUCAUCCACCUGUCCAGGUGUAGGGGGGGACCUGAACGAAAGCCAACCGGAGAAGGAAGGCAGACUUUGCACGAACUGCUUCAUCAUUUAUGGUUUGAAAGUAAGAUCCCCUACAGCACAACGGUUCGAUUCUAAUCAGCGCGUGCUGGCAGGCAUCGUACGUUUGGAGCAGAACGGUUUGAAUACUGCGGUGCAAAGCUUGAUGCCAUCAUUAUCAACCACGUUGAUGGUACCACAGAUCGUUCGAAUCGAUAACGACACGCCCGGUAACGCGCGGUUUUUAUCGGACCCGGCCCAGCUCACCGUUUCGGGCCGCUAGCCGUGGGCAGCGCCCGCGAACGCU